AAACAGGUACAGCUUAACAUAAUAUUUAAAAAGUCUUCUGUUUAAAUGUAUCUUUUUAAACUGUUGAACCGUUAAAUUAAUUUGGAUGUACGUUCAAUCAUGGCACCGUUGCAUCCCGGAGUGUGUUUGGUAAUGUUAAGCAUAUGAGACGCGCCAGGCGGGGUUCAUCACAAGGGAGAGUGGAGCCGGAGUUGGGAGGAAAAUAACGGUAUUAGCUGAGUGUUAGCUUCACAGCAACAGGUCAGCUAACUGCUGCUCAGCUGCUGCCCCGUCAUGGAGGACUCUUCGUCGUCCGCCGUGUUUUCUAAAUACUCCUGGAUUGAUUUCGUCUUCUCCGUUAUGGGGGUGUGUACUUUCCUCGUCGAUUGGGGUUCGGACUUGUGGGUGGCAACCGAAUUCUAUCGCAGCGGUGACUUCCUGUGGUUCGCGGUGCUGGUCAGCCUUAUGGUCUUGUCCUCUGUCGUGGUCCAGGUGUUCAGCUGGUUCUGGUUGAAGUAUGACCGUGAGUUGCCGGGCUUCAGCGCUGCCCAAGCCACAUCAGGGACCGUUAUCUUCGGCGACAGAGCAAAGCUCUCUUGCCUGUUACAUGUGCUGCAGCUGGGCUUCCUCUGCAGACACAUCUCUGCCAUACGUCAAGGCUUCAGGGUCUGGUGGCGGAAAGAGGAAGGGUCAGAGUACGCCGUUUACUUGACACAUGACCUCAGCAUGCUGCGACUCAUCGAGACGUUCUGUGAGAGCGCUCCUCAGCUGACGCUCAUGAUCUAUGUCAUGCUGUCCACCAACAAGGCCAGAAGUGUUCAGUAUGUGAGCAUUGCUGCGUCGACCACCUCCAUCGCCUGGAUGGUGGUGGAUUACCACCGCUCCUUGCGCUCCUUCCUUCCUGACAAAGCUAAGCAGGGCUGGGGCUCCUCUGUUAUUUACUUUCUUUGGAAUCUCUUGCUUAUUGCGCCACGUGUGGCGGCCCUCGCCCUGUUUGCCUCUGUGCUGCCGGGUUACAUCGCAAUCCACUUUCUCCUGCUCUGGACUGUCUUUGUGUUCUGGGUGUGGCUACAGAGGACGAACUUCAUGGACAGCACGGGUGGUGAGUGGCUCUACCGAGGCACCGUGGGCCUCAUUUGGUACUUCAGCUGGUUUAAUGUUGCAGAAGGUCGAACACGCGCCAGAAGCAUCAUCUACCAUUCCUUCGUCACCAUGGAUGCAGUCAUCCUGCUGGUCACGUGGUGGUCCUACAGAGACCCGGUGCAGACCCGAUCGUACGACAUGGCUCUGAUCAUCUGUCUUCCUCUCACCUACCUGCUGGGACUGCUCUUCAAAUCCAUUUACUACAGCUGCUUCCACCCCAAACUGUGGCGGCCCCCAGUGGUGGCUGCAGAUUUGCCUGAUGCCGAAGUGUCAUUCAGAAACUUUUCCACCCAGGAGGGCACUUUGCCUGCCCAGCUUUUCAACAAACGAAUGGCCAGCCAGGCUUCUGUGUUUUACUCCAAGCAGAAAGCUUUCAGAAGGACAGACCUCACAAACAGAACAGAAUCCAAUCUUUGAUGCAGAAAUGGUCGGACCUGGUUUUGUAGAUUGAUUUGACUUGACUGUUGUUUACAUGCUGUACAAUUAAUUAAUUUUACCAUGGCCACAGGUCAUAGGACAAUGGAGUUGCUUAAGAUAACAAUCAGUUAACGCAAAUCUUGGAGAGCUCCCGAAACAUAAACCUAUCCUCCUUUGACUACCUCCAGUUCAAAGCCUUGGAUUCAGUCUCUCAUUGUUUCACUGCUGCUGGUGCUUGUUACUGUCAUUGUGUUGACAGACAACAGGCAGUUACACAUUAAUAACACAUGAAGAAUGAGCAUGUCCACCUACCUCUUAAAUUUCAAACACAAUAGCACAGUUGAACAGUUUUUUUAUAUAUAUACUGUAUAUAAAUUUCUAUUUUCAGUGUGUCUAAUGGAAAUGUUGUGUGUCCAGAUUUAGUCAGACUAACUCUAAACACGACAGCGUCACACAGUGUGACCGUGGACUGAUGUCCUACAUCAGGCCUACACUACAUGAGCUCAGGAAUCUGAUUUAAUAUAACAGACAAAAACAUCUUAGAUUUUGCCUUACUCAACUUUACAGCACACAAGUGAAGUCAAAGGAAAACACUCAGUGAGACAGAGGGGUUCAUCAAUUUGCUGGCACAUGAAAGAUGACACAUAUAUACGAUUGUGACAUUCCUGUUGUCUCAAGCUGUAAUUUUCAAAAUUUCAAUCAGAUGAGCUGUGAGUUUAAGAUCAUCUCUGUUUUCACAAUUUCCUAUCUCGUCAUACUAAACGUUCAGAGCAGCAGUUUGACAUAGUUUAAAUGAGUGUUGAAAUGCGGAUGUACCAUCAUUUGUAUGUUGCCUAAGAACUCGUUUUUUACUACAUUGACUCAGCUCAUGUUUGUCUUUCUUUUUUUAAUCACCUGUCCCUGAAGGCAGUUUGUCUGAUGUUGAACUUGGAUUCGAUUUCAGAUCUUCAGAAAACAGCAACACGUCUCUUUUUUUUCUCCCUCAUUUGUUACAUCCACACUACUGUACGUCACUCCUAGAAAAAUCAACACAGUGUUCUCAGAACCCACAGAAAUGUGGUUGACUUGCUGCUUCAGGUGAUGAUCCUGGUUAUUACUCAUUCAUUCAUUUGACUUCUGGUCUCAUUAAAGCUUUAACUGUUCCAAUCA